UGCUCUUAUUUCUCUCUUUCUCUCUCUUUCUAAUUUUAUGUGCAUUACACAAAUUUCUUCUAGAAUUGCUCUAAGAAGCAUUUCACCUGUUUUUCUAAUUAUACUAUUUCCCGCCUUGUUUCUCCUCCGCCCAUUCCUGUUUUUACGUUUUGUAAGACUGAUUCUGAUAAUGUUUGUGUGCACAAAUUCCUUUUAUAGUUGUUGUUGUGAUUUUUAACUUUAUAAGGGAAAAUUUAAACUGGGAAUUUGAGCGAUUCUUUUGGCUUUAUAUACUUAAAUUUCUCUGAACAUUUUUUAGCCACACCCUACAGGGCGGGUUACAUAUUUUUAUUGUUUUAUCUAUCCUCUCUAGUAUGCCAAGAGAUUAAGGAAAUUGUUUUCUUUUAUUUACUUGGAGUUAUAUAGGCGGUCCAAAUAAGGCGGGAUUUACUUUUUUGUUCGAUAAAUGUAAGCUUUAUCUUGUAGCCCCUUCCAAACGAUGGGGAGGGGGGGGGUAUAACAUUAGAGGGGGCUUAUGGCAUAAUUAUG